AUGGCGGCCGCGGUCUCCAGUCCGGAGGUGACUGCUGAGGGGCAGGAGCCUUUGCUGAGUCCCGGAGAGGCAGAGGAGGAGGAGAGCAGGGAUGUUGUGGAAACACAAGAGCAUUAUAAGAGCAGGUGGCGAUCCAUCUGGAUUAUGUAUCUUACUAUGUUUCUCAGUAGUGUAGGUUUCUCAAUUGUAAUUAUGUCUGUGUGGCCAUAUCUCCAAAAGAUUGAUCCGACAGCAGAUGCGAGUUUCUUGGGCUGGAUUAUAGCUUCAUAUAGCAUUGGCCAAAUGGUUGCCUCUCCCCUGUUCGGCUUGUGGUCCAAUUACAGGCCAAGGAGAGAACCUCUCGUUGUUUCAACGGCUAUUUCAGUAGCUGCUAAUUGUCUUUAUGCUUAUGUCCAUGUACCUCAUUCACACAACAAAUACUACAUGCUGACUGCACGUGCUCUUGUGGGAUUUGGAGCAGGAAACGUGGCUGUAGUUCGAUCGUAUAUUGCGGGUGCCACUUCUCUUACGGAAAGAACAAGUGCCAUGGCCAAUACCAGUGCCUGCCAAGCCGUUGGCUUCAUAUUAGGACCAGUUUUUCAGACAUGUUUUACACUUAUUGGAGAAGAAGGAAUAACAUGGAAAUUAGUUCAUCUUCAGCUGAACAUGUAUACAGCACCAGUUUUAUUUGGAGCUCUCUUAGGAGUUAUUAAUAUUAUUCUCAUCUUUGCCAUAUUCAGAGAGCAUCGAGUGGAUGACAUGGGACGGCAAUGCAAAAGUAUCAAUUUUGAAGGAGAAGAAAGUGGUGUUCUGGAUCAGGAUGCAGAAGGAAACGUUGACCAUGUUGCUGUGGUAGCAAUCAAUUUUCUUUUCUUUGUCAUCUUGUUUGUGUUUGCUGUCUUUGAAACUAUAGCUACUCCAUUGACGAUGGAUAUGUAUUCCUGGACCAGGAAAGAAGCCGUUUUUUAUAAUGGAAUAAUCCUUAGUGUGGUUGGCAUUGAAUCGGUUAUUGUUUUCUUGGUGGUUAAAACGCUAUCUAAAAAGACUGGUGAGCGUGCCAUACUCCAUGGAGGCUUACUGAUUGUCUUGGUUGGAUUCUUUAUCUUGCUGCCUUGGGGGAAAAAACUACCAAAUAUCCAGUGGCAAGAAAUAAAGAAUAACUCCAUUCCCAGAACAACUUCCACUGAAAUGUUAAUGCCUUUCUGGAGUUUGCAAGCAAUGCAGCUUCCAUCCAACCACACAGUGGAACCCGUAGGCUGCCCCGUCACGCAGUCCUGGUGCCUGAACACUCCUAUGAUCUAUCUGGCCCAGUAUAUCAGCUCUGACAUACUAAUAGGAUUGGGCUAUCCAGUUUGUAAUGUCAUGUCCUACACUUUAUACUCAAAAAUUCUAGGACCAAAGCCUCAGGGUGUCUACAUGGGAUGGUUAACUGCCUCUGGAAGUGGAGCACGAAUACUCGGGCCUGUUUUUGUGAGCCAAAUAUACACUCACCUGGGACCACGCUGGGCAUUUAGCUUAAUCUGUGGAGUAGUUGUAGUCUCUCUCUUACUCUUGGAGAUAGUAUACAAGAGACUAAUUGCAUUUUCUGUCAGAUAUGGAAGGAUGCAAGAAGAGAAUUGUUAAAUAUGUAUUUAGGAAAAAAAAAGUACAACCAACCAGAAACAAUACUUUAGUUUAUUACUACUUUUUAAUGAGGAGUACCUAACCACUGACCUUGUUGGCUGUAUGCUAGGAACUGUAGACCUGUACUUACACAUUGACAGAACACAUAACUUGGUCAUAUCCUAAUGUAUGGUUACACCUGCUGCAACAGAGCUUUUGUAUUCUGCUUUUCUAGCAGCAGAGGAAGGGAUGUGAACAAGUUAGAUCAAUACAAUGGCACAUUUGAAGUGUGUACAGUUUAAAUGAUGCACCUGCGUACUGAAUGCAGCUGUGAAGGUCACAGGUUAUGUGCAUCCUUUCCAGAAAGAAGUAAAAGAAAUAUUUAUCUUGAUUCUGUGAAUCAGGAUUAGUAACUCUUUUGUAACUACAAGAUUAGUUGAGCUGCAUGCACUUUGUAUGGAAACAUCACUACUUAAGUGAACCUUCUGAUGUUCAGUUUGCUAGCUUGUAAGCACUGGUUAAUACAAAAUGUCUCGCUUUGGAAACUUACAUAUCAGUACAUCUCCAGGAUUUCAAAUGAAAUGUGACAGAAUUGUAGAGGAAGGUAGGUGCCUACUUCACAAGCAGUUUAUGCGGGAUUUGGGUAUGUAAGUUGGUUGAGCGCCAUUGAAAAUCACAGCCUCAGUGGCUGUUACUUGAACUACAGUGAACUGUAUGUGCAAUUUUUCUUCUACUGUUUUGUUGAAUGCCUUUUUGUAGCAAGAAAGAUAACCUGCACAGAGUUGAAUUAUGCACAGCUUUUCUUAACUUUACUACAAGAAGGAAAUACUAAGCAUGAUAGUUUACACUUUCGUUGUCAUUUCUAAGAAUGAAUGCGCUGUGCUGAGCAACCAGUGUUAAUUAAGUAAAAAGGAGGAAACUAGCUCCUCGGGUGUCGGCUAUUAUUUGUAGACUUAUUUUUUUCUGAUAAUAUGGUAUGAGAAACAGGAAUUUACAAUGCUUGAAUCAUUCAGUGUUUAUUUUAAAAAGUAAAAUAAUAAUUUUCCUUCAUAAUGGGGCCUAAGAUCAUCUGUAUGGGUUUGUUUUAUCUGUUUGAA